GUAUCACUUUUUGAAUCAUCGCUCGAUUGAGUCUGCCAGUCGUGCACGCAUGACUUAAGUGAGAAAGGCACCUGAGCCAUCUUCAUGCACAGAAACACGCACCUUAACCUGUAAACAGCCAGUCACAAAUCAACAGCAUUUCCGCUGACACACUUCCGUUUGGUUGGUACCUGCUUUGCGGCACUCGUCGGCCAUCCUGCCCAUCUCCUUCGAUCCCAACUCCUGCACAGACACACACAUUAGCGGCUGCGGUGCAGGUGGGCAUGGCAUCCCACUUCGAAGCCUCUGGGCAGCCGCCUCAUGUCGUCCAGACACUUGGAUGCAGGCACUGACAACACACACAGAGGAUUCUCGCAGAUGACAGGACGGCUCGUGCGUUUGCUCACCGUCGAUGAUCUCUUCGCCACGGACCACAAAGUGCUUCCACCUGAGCCUCUGCAGCCGCGUGAUGUACUCCAUGCAGCCCUCCUCCGGCCCUUCCACAAUCACCACACCAGGGUAGCCGAUCUUGGAGAAGCCGCCAAGCCGAAGCUCCAACGCCCACCUGACCAAUCGGCACCACUCAGCCAUCCACGAGCAUGAGAUGGCGUCAGCCUUGGCUUACUGGAUGAUGUAUCGCCUCUUGGUCUCUGCUCGGAUGUGGUGGCUGUAGCACACGCGCCUUCCCAGCUGCUGCUGCUGCCUGGCUGGUGGUCGUGCGGCGGCAGACGCCUGUAGCUCCAGCAGCUGCAGCUCUUCUGCCAGUGCAUCAUCGCUCAUAUCGUCUUCCUCAUCAUCAUCCGCCUCGUCGUCAGCCGCCGCCUGUGCCGCCUGCACACAAGCCACACUCGCACAGAGAGACAGACAGACAGACCGACAUGAGCACAGUGAGUCUCAUGAGUGAGUCCAUGUGUGGUACCUACAGCCAACUCUCGACCUCUUCGAUCUCUGUGCGGUGCUCGGCAACGAAAUCGGCCAGUGAAUCCUACGCGAAGAAGGACAAGAGCCACACAAUCUUGCUGCCGACCACCCAUGGCAUGGCUGCCCAUGCUCUCCUACUUUGGCUGACUGGACAAUGUCGACGACGCACUCCUCACCUGCAAGCACAAUGAUCAGCAAGGCCUUAUGUGUGCUUGUUUGCUUGCAAAUCUCUAUUGCUGACACCUCUCUCGGCGCAUUCCCUGGCCCUCUCCUUCAGGGCCUCCUCACACUCAGCCAAUCUGUGUGUGGGCAGGCAAGACGACAGCAGCUCCGCCCGCAGGCUCUUGUGCUGACACGAGCGACACAGAUGAGUCGGCUGUGUGCAGAGGAAAGGCGUCGAACCUGGUUCACCGGGUAGAGGGGUGGCAGAGUGAUGCACAGCUGAGGGCUCUCGCCGUCUGCCUUGAGGUCUUCAUCGAGGAAGCUGACACCGAAGUGAGGUCGUCGGUGCUCUGCUCAUGACUCUUGAUCUUCGCCACUGAGAAGCAGCAACAGACACACACACACAUACAUGCAGCAGAAACAAAGCAUCAUUCAAGAGCCAUCUGCAGUCUGCAGUGAUGUGUGUGCGUCGUUCACACGCCACUUCGUCGAUGAUCAGCUCAUCCGGCCCAGGGUACAUCGAUGUCAACACCUGAACAGACGUGCAGCGGAUGGCCAACUGUAUCAUUGCGUGUGUGCUUCGUUCAUUGCAGGUGUGAUGACUGACCUCAAUCUCUUCGAGCUGUCGACGGCGGCAUGAGCUGUGGUCAGAUCCUUC